AAAAACAAUAAUACUAAUAAAUCUAUUUUUCUAUUUUCAAGGAAAAGGAAACAAACCUUUAUAGCUCCUCUCUAUCGUCUCGUCUCUAUAAAUAAACGAGAAGCUCACAAAUUCCACAAAAAUCCACUCUAACUAUGAAACAAUUAGGGUUUUGAAAUUUACCUAAAUCUCUCCGUAAUCAUCGAUCAAAACGAUGCUCGAGUGUCAAUCAAUGAUGGAGAAAUUAUCACCGUUCGUAGACGUCGCCUCUCUGGAAAUCGAGUCUCUGCGAAGAAUCAAACGCCCGAAACGCUUCUCUGAAGAAGAAUCAGAAGAAACCGAGAAUACGACGAAUUCAUCAAACGCGGUAUUCGGAUUCCCUAACUUACCAGAAGAACCGAAUCGCGAUAUGGAUCAAAGCGUUUUGUGCAGAAUCUGCGUUCGAUUACCAGAUGGGAGAAGAAUACAGAGAAGUUUCUUAAAGAGUGAAUCUGUUCAGCUUCUUUGGUCGUUUUGUUAUUCGCAGAUUGGUGAUGAAUCUUCUGAGAGAAAGCGGCGUUUUAAAUUGAUUCAAGGGUUUCCUGGGGAUUAUAAGAAUCUUUAUUUUGGAUCUAAUACUACUUUUGAACAAUCUGGGCUUGCUAAUUCCUUGGUUUCUGUUACUUGGCUCUGAAGAAUCUUCUUUCGAUCUGUAAUUAGAAAAAUAAUUUCUUUCUUCUACCAAGUUUAUGUUUACUCAAUUUCUCGAAUUUGUACUUGGAAAUUGCAAAUUUCAUUUGGUUUUCUUGAAUCGUUGUUAGAUAUUUCCGAUCAAAUCGUUUUUAGAUAACACUGUUUCAAAGUCAAUGUCGUCAUCAUCAUACAAGAAGAACGUAUAGUUUUUGGUUUAUCUUUUUGUUGCUUCUUAAGUCACUCUUUCUCGCAUAGUUUUU